AUGGCUCGACUCUCCCACGCACUGGGCGUCACGCCAGCGGCAACGCCUGAACGAGGCACUGCCGAACUAGCCCAGCUCCUCUCCCGACUCGAACACACGAUCCUCCGCGCAGACCAAGCGCGCGAGCGAAGACUGCGGUCGAGCGAGUUUGAGAGAGCGCGCAUCAACUCGAACCUGGACUACGCGAGGAGUCUCCUCACGAGACUGGAGCAGGAAACGAUGGGACUGAAGUUUCAGGCACGGAAAGCAGAGCUACAGACCGACCUGACGUCAAGCGGAGCUUUUGGAGAGCUUGUGGAUCACAUACCGACCGAGGGGACAGAGGAUGCCGAGGCAUCAGAUCCAGAACCCGAGAUACCAGAUCUGCCCCCUUCAGUUGCUUCACAGACGAUCCAGCCACCAGGCAGCGCAGAACAGUCCACAGGCACGACGCGAGAUCCGGAUCAUGCGUCUCCAGAAACCCUCUCGGCACCCGCAACAACGACAGCCCAGACGCUUCGUGCGAGGGGGCCCCAGCCGUCGUCAGCACAAGAUACUGCAGCCACGACGGCACGCGCAGCCCUCUUUGCCAACCGGCGCACCACUACCGGCCUGUCUACGAAGACGGGCUCCUCGACAGCCACCGCCGAAGCCAUCCUCGAUCACCAGCGUGCCGAGCAAGACGCUCUGUCCGGCUCCAUUUUGAAGAUGGCCAGUGCGCUCAAGGCGUCAUCACAACGGUUCUCUACGACGCUCGAAGAGGACAAGGCCUUGCUGAGCCGCGCAGGAGAGGGCAUGGAUCGGACGGAAAAGGGCAUGGAUGCCGCGAGCCGACGCAUGGGCGCACUGAAGCGCAUGACGGAGGGAAAGGGGUGGUACGGCAGAAUGAUUCUCUAUGCCUGGGUAUAUGGGCUCAUGGUUGCGUUGGUGCUACUGGUGUUCGUUAUGCCGAAGCUGCGCUUCUGA